ACAAAACUGAGUACAAAAAAAUUAUUAAAAUGUUUUAAUUAUUGUUCAAAAAACAAACAUUAAAUGAACAUAGAACAUAUAAAAUGAAGGGGUAUCCAUAAUGAUACGUACAUCCCUAUUUAGUACGCAUAAAUAUGACUAAUUAUAAAUUAUGAAAAUAAGUUAUUUCAUGCCUAAUUGGGCUUUUAUGUGUUUUAUUAUUCAGGGGGUUAAUGCCUGUAAGUUUAAUGUAAAGUUCGACAGAAAUUUCAGAUUAUGUUGUUUUGCUCCUUUCUAAAUUUUGCUCUUCCAAAGGCCUGCCAUUUGGUGCCUAAAUGCAGCUCUCCUUUUUUAAUUAAUUAAAUUAUUUUUAAUUAAUAAAUUAUUAAUUAAUUUAAAGAUUACAUGCCCCUAAAAUAUGUCAGUGUGCUGCAAUCUUAAAAAAUGGCAAAUACCGUAUUGGCCUGAAUAUAAGAUGACCCCCUCUUUUUCAAGACUCAAGUUUGAAAACAGACUUAUAGAAACACCAUAUUAAUUUUUAUACAGAAAAUAAUUACAGUACAUCUGAAACAAAUGAUUCUAACAAUAUAUUCGAGAGAAAAAGCAUGUUAUUUUGCCUCAUUCAAAUCUUAAUAUCUGAACAUUUAAAUACAGUAUGUAAACUAAAGUGCAAUCACAUUCGUAAAUGAAUGGCUUCUGGUUUUUGAAAUGUAAAUAUUGUGAUAAAACAACAAAAGUGCAACAACUGCAUUAACUAUCAAAGUGAAGUCUAACUGUAACUGUAGUCUUGAAACAAAUCUGAAUAAGGAGAAACAUUGCGACAAAAUAAUGCAAACUGGUUAAACUAAUAGCUGAGAUCUGUCAUGACAGAACAUCGCUUCAAUGAUAUCUGGCGCCAUGAAGCGUCGUGAAUGUGGAGAGUAGCUGAGAUCUGACAUGACAGAACAUCGCUUCAAUGAUAUCUGGCGUCAUCUAGCGUCGUGAAGGGGUAUAAUGUCUAGACCGCGAAUAUAAGGCGACCCCCUCUUUUUCAAUCUUAUUUCAAUGCAAAAAACACAGUCUUAUAUUCUGGCCAAUACGGUACAUCAAAUAAAUAUUUAUCAAAUUGCUCCUGGGUCAAUAGAAACGGGAAACAAUGGUUUCUUGAUCUAAAUUUGAUUUAGCCCGCUCUAAUAAGUAACAGGAAUACAGUAGAUGUACAUUUAUUAAUAAUGAUCACUUCAAGGUUUCCCUUUCAGUGAGUAUUUCAAAUGAUCACCCGUCAAACAAUGCAGAAGCACACCUUCUACCCUCCUUGUUCAUUCAAACGCUUCAAUGGCUUUCCUUUCUCUUGAUUUAAAGUCUACGAUUUUUUUCCCCCUUCCAUCUGUUAGCCGGCUUGCCAGGAUAUGCUGGUGCAGUCACGGUGCCGGACAUUUCCCUUCGUUAGCGCCAAGGUUGCAGGCGAGCUGCUUUGUUUGUCGAGAUGCGCUCGGCAAUUCAAUUUCACAGCUUCAUUUCACCAGAGAGCUGGAUGGGCAUCAGGAUUGAGGGGACAGUAAUUGAAAGGCACUGAGGCUCAUCCUGUGUCCUCUUUUUUUGUGUGUGUGCCGCUUGAAUUCAUGAAAGCAUUUGUGUUUGCCUUAUCAUUAUUGUUGUUAGACGGUACUUUUAGUCACCUAUUGUAGUCACCCACAGAAUGUGCCACCAAGUGUACUGACAUUGCGCUUUAGCCUAGAUUAAUUUUGGGUCAAAGUAUUUUAGUUACCCAAGAUAAUAUUGAAUGAAGGUUUACUAGGUGGCAUCUCUUUUAUUGCCAAUACCGUGUCACUUUAAAUGUAACUACAUUUAAAUGACUGUUUUGACAGUGAUUUUGAGAGGCAAGGCACAUCAGUGGGAUCCACGCUGCAUUAUUCAGAGGGAAUGCGUGAUUAUGCGCCAUCUGCGUCCAUACCCCAGUGGGCCUGUCACAAUUGAUCCACAACCCUUGACCUUUUCCGUACCCGCAGUGUUUUCCAGGCAUUCUGUCAUAUUUGCUGUUAUUGUGUGCAAAUGCAUGGGUUUGGACAGACAGACCUUUGCAAUAUGGGACUCACCUUGGUUUCAGGACAGAUGUUAUUCAUAUGUUAGGUCAUCUGUGCAAAAGCAGCACAGUACUUAAACUGCAUUACACAUCAGUUUUUAAAAUAUCAACUAUUGGUAAGACAUAUAGACCAGGGGUCCUCAAAUACAAAUCUUGAAGGUCCACAAUUAUUUUUUUUCAGACAAGCAUGGGUCCAUUUAUUAAUGUCGGUCAAGUACAAGGCAGGUUGAAGGUGGUAAAGGUGGUUUUCUUAUGACCAAACAAAAAUACAGUGCACAUUUUGAUUUAAUAAAAAUAAAUAACGAAACAUUUUCGUGACUUAAAAUAAAAUUUAAAAAAAACAUGCAAGUACUAUGUUUACAUGCGCAUGUACAUUUAAGCAUCAUUAUUUAGUGUACAUGUGUAUGUUCACUAAAUAUUUGACAAGAUUGUCAUUAAGGUGCAAACAAUAACUAUUGACAGUACAUUUUGUAACUGUAAAACACUGCUGGACAAAAAAGAAAAUGUGCAAGUAUUACAGUAUUUGUUCACAUGUACAGAACAUAAAUGACAAGCUCUGUCAUUAAGGUGCAGACAUAAUAUUUAUGAUAGUAACUUUAACUGUAAAACACUGCUAAAUGAGAGAAAUGGCAUUUGGGGGUCACAAAGCUGAUGCUAACAUCAUCAGCCAGUACUUCAGUGCGUCUUGCGGUUGAUGAAUCUGAGAGUGAGACUUGAUGUUUGUUUUCUUUUCCUUCGAACAUUGCUGCCAUCAAUUCAGUCAUACACUCUUUUAUUAUUUCUCCAUCAGAGAACGGCUGUUGUUUGGCCAACACCCAUGACACACUGAGUGAGCACUCCGUUGCAAUUUGUGGUUGUGUCAUAGAUUUAACAAUAACCUUCCUUGACUCUUGAUAUGACUGCUUCAACCUGUUAAUUUCUUGCCUUCUCAAUUCUGAUUUAGGAGGAAACCUCUCUUCAAAAAAGCUGUGCUCUUUAACAUAAUGGCGUUUCACAUUUUCACUUUUUAUCAGAGCAACUGUCUUGAAGCAUAUUAAGCACAUAGGUUGGAUACUUGCAGUUGGUAAAAUGGAAGCAUAUUUGUCAGUCCAUUCCUCAUUGAAACGGCGAUUUUCGUUGUCCAUUUUUUACUUGGUCAACGUUGAACAUACCAUUUUGUUAGAUUUGGUCUUCUACUGGUGACAAACGGAAAACAAACAGAUUGCAAAGUGCCCGGUGCGACUCGUGUUUCACACUGCUGCGGUCCAUCCACUCUUGCUAUCUAGCAGCAUGCAGGCUCUCUCAGCCAACCAGCGCAUCCAUGCACGCUAGCUCAGCCAAUCGGCGCAUCCAUGCAGGCUUUUUCAGCCAAUUAGUGCAUCGUUGUCUUAGAGAUGACAACAGAAGUGGGAACGUGGAAGAUAUUUGACAAAAAAUGAAACAGAAUUUAGCGAUAGAAUAGUAGCGCAUAGCAAUAGAUCGGUGAUUCAUACAAAUAAUAUACUGUAGGUUAAAAUAGUUUUUUUUUUUUUUUUUUUUAAGUGCUGUUUGCCAUGGGUCCGCAGAGAAGUGUGCUGUGGUCCACCCCGGAUAUAGCAGUUAGCCUUUAUUUUACCUAAAUAUGUAGAAGUACGAUGCUAAUCCGUUAGCCAAUGUGGUGGCCGCCAUAUGUAAACAGAGCUUUUCCGGUGAAAGUUCUUGUGAAUAAAUGCUUAAAUCCCUGAAUUCAUUAUAGAUAUGGACAUAAAACAGUCUCGAUUCUUGGUUAAAAGCAAAAAAAAAACAAAAGUGCAAUUAGCAUUUAUUUUAUGUAAAUAUGUCAAAGUACGAUGCUUGUCCGUUUGUCAACGUGGUGGCCGCCAUAUGUAAACAGAGCUUUUCUGGUGAAAGUUCUUGUGAAUAAAUGCUUAAAUCCCUGAAUUAUUUAUAGAUAUGGAUGUAAAACAGUCUCGAUUCAUGGUUAAAAGCAAAAAAAAAAAAAAAAAAAGAAACGUGCAAUUAGCAUUUAUUUUAUGUAAAUAUGUCUUAGUUGGAUGCUAGUCCGUUAGUCAAUGUGGUGGCCGCCAUAUGUAAACAGAGCUUUUCCGGUGAAAGUUCUUGUGAAUAAAUGCUUAAAUCCCUGAAUUCUUUAUAGAUAUGGACAUAAAACAGUCUCGAUUCUUGGUUAAAAGCAUAAAAAACGUGCAGUUGGCAUUUAUUUAACAUAAAUAUGUCAAAGUACGAUGCUGGUCUGUUAGUCAAUGUGGCGGCAGCCAUAUGUAAACAGAGCUUUUCCGGUGAAAAUUAUUGUGAAUAAAUGCUUAAAUCCCUGAAUUCUUUAUAGAUAUGGAUGUAAAACAGUCUCAAUUCUUGGUUAAAAGCAAAAAAAAAAAGUGCAGUUCGCAUUUAUUUUACGUAAAUAUGUCGAAGAAUGAUGUCAGUCCGUAGCGGUUAAUUUCUCCCAUUGUUUGUUUUUUCAACCUAAAUCCGGCGUUGGACCGCUGCAUGUGUUGACUAACUGCAACUGACCGCGAAUAACUGAAGCGGACUGUAGGACGGCCCCAUACUUGAGGGCGUUGCGCAGUGGCUGACGGAUGUGACCCGUCAAUAAAAUUAUGAAGUCUAUGACCAAGUGUAUUUAAUUGUUUUUAAUUUCAAAACAUAGGAUACCGAUUUGUUCAUACAAACAUAACCGGAGCUGCAUAACCAGUUUCCACCGUACCCUUAUCAACAUGGACUUAGCCUUCAAAUAAGUGAGUCAGAGGCCUCAUGGAAGACCAAAACGAAUGCCUCUCAUGUACCCAAUGUCAAAGAACAGCCAAGAAAAGGACAAUAAACAUCCCUCUGAUCAUCCAUGGAUCUCCCACCUUCUCCACCCUACUUCCUCACUCAUCCUUAAGUCCGAUUAUCAUAGUGAAUCACGGUUUUACUGUCUCAUCACAACUGGCUCAGAAGAUAAGGCCGUUAAAGGUUAGCAUCGAAGUGAUCAGCACAAAUGGUUUCGCUUUAAUAGUGCCCUUGGAGUUGAGUGAGGUCGCACACUCACAGAUGCUUAUGUUCAUUUACCAAUUGUGCAUGGGAAGUAAAACAUCACAUAAGACUAGUGUGUCUGUGAAAGAAAAUGCUUGAUAUACUAGGUCAAGCUAAUACAUGAUUCUGCCUGAUUGUAGUUAAUUAGAUGAUGAGAAGUGUGCGAUGACAAGCUGCUUAGUCAGAUUAGAGAGAUCAGCUUCCUGUGACAAGCCGAACUUAAUGGGGCUUGCUAAGCUUGACGCCGAGAUUUUGGAAACUGUGAACACACCAGACCAGCAUUACAUUAUACAAAUCAACAAAAAGUUGGGUUUUUUGCUUUGAACUUGGUUCCUUCACCUACCUUCCAGUUCUGAGGUUUUGGAUGUUGGAUGUGGAUUUUCUUAGGAACCCUCCCUUAUUCCAAAAACAUAAUAGUAUAUGUUAGGUACUAGGGGUGUAACGGUACACAAAAAUCUCGGUUCGGUACGUACCUUGGUUCUGAGGUCACGGUUCGGUUCAUUUGCGGUACAGUAAGAAAACAAAAUGCAAAAUAUAAAUGUGCUUGUUGUUUAUUACACACUUUUGUGCUUUCAACAAUAGGAACAUUAGCCUAUAGACCCCAAUCACCUGACGUCACAACUCCGCCCCCCUGACUGGUGCCGCCAUUUUGUCCGUCAACUCAUCGUGUUUACAUAUUACCGCUACGUACAUUCCUCCUAUUACUGCGUGUUUUUCUGAUUGUCUAAGCAAUCACCGCCUAAUAAACGAACCCAAAACCCUUCCUGACAAUCGUUAACAUUGAAUAAUCAAAAUGGUGAAGGCAUGUGUGGCGGUUAGUUGCAGUAACAGAGAAGAUAAACGGUCAUUUUAGUAGUUGGUGUGUGCCCAUUGUUAAAAGGGCAAAUCUCUAAAGCAGCACGGUUUGUUUAUCUCGGUCCAUGAUGCGUUUGUGUCGACAGCCGUUAGACAGCGGCGAAAACAUCAAUAUGAUGCCAACAUGAUCGCAGACAUCAUCAGACAGAGACUACGAAGCUCGUCGCCACGGCCGCGCAGCAAGAGGGUGAAAGUUGUGCAGCCCUGUCACGCCCACAGCGCCCCCUUUCUGCCCGGACGGCCCACCACGCCCCGGUGCAUAUGAAAGGGUACCAUGUCAGCCGUAGCUUGUCACAGCAUUCCUCUGGUGGUGGUGGAGGAGGCCCCUGUCAUUGUCCCCCUGAGGACUGUGAUGGCCCAGGCAGAGACUUCUACCACAGUCAUAACGAUGGUCACUUCUACACUCCAGGAGGUCCAGCUGAGUCUUUGGCACUUGAGAGACACCACUCCCACUCACAUUCUCACAGCCACUCAGGUGGAGGCACCUUUCCCCGUUCACACCCCAGCCAGCAUCCACCUCUGCAGUCGUUUGACUCAUGUGAGGAAUGCUUGUCAUCGGGUCAUGGAGGCAAGAUGCACCGCAUCCCUCCAAACCUGAUGGAUCAGUUUGAAAAGCAGGUGCCCUUCCAUCCUGAUGGCUUCCACACAUUGCAGUAUCAGCGCACCACUAGCGGGGGUGCCGAGCAGCGCAGCGAGAGCCCUUCACGUAUACGACACCUGGUCAACUCCGUCCAACGUCUCUUUGCCAAGUCCCAUUCUUUGGAGGCCCCUUCCAAACGAGAGUACAAUGGGACAAGAGGAGGCAUGGAUUACAGGGGCGAGAGAGGAGGGGGUCAUAGAAGCGGCGGGGAGGACGGCGUGGGCCACCACUCUGGCCACCAGUCCCGCUCUGCUCGGAGGAACAAGUCUCGAGAGCGUAGUAAGAGCGGGGACUCUCGACACGAGUCUGGUAGACGACACCGCAGCAGAACGGCAGGCUGGUGGAGCUCUGAUGACAACUUGGACAGCGACAGCAGCUUCCUGGUGAGUGGUGGAAGGAGAGGAUACCCCAUUGGGCAUGAAAGUCUGGAUGCGGCGAUUCAGGAGCUCACCAUGAAGAGACCAAAGGAACGAGUCAGUGGGCCUGGGCCUGCAGAGUGCAUGGCCUGUACCACCAUUGCACUGGCUGGCAGCGAAGGAAGCGGACACCACAGUCACACUGGUCACCCUGGUCACUCCCUGAAGAGGAGCACAUGGUCUGCGAUGACCGUCAGUCAAGCCAGGGAGGUGUACCCCUCGAGGGGGAUAGGGGGAGGCUAUGAUAAAGCUCUGGUGCCCCUUGACAACAAACUGAAGGAGAGGACCCUCCACUAUCUACAGGUUCCUUCAGAAGACUGGGGGGGUGGAUACAGUGGCAGUGGUGUCACAGACAGUGGAGGUGAGAUUCCCUGCCGUCGCAUGCGCAGUGGCAGUUACAUCAAGGCCAUGGGCGAUGAUGACAGCGCCGAUUCAGACAGUAGCCCAAAAGCCUCGCCUAAGUCCACCCUGAUUGCUCAGAGGGAUGCCUUCAGACGAUCAAUCAGCAUGGAUCAAAGGUAUUCAUGUAAGCAGUGUACAGACUCAUAUCCGAACAGCCGAACAACACCCAAAUCCCACACCCGCUCACGUAGUUACACUCGCUCGCUGACCAGUUCACAGUUAGGAGACACGCUAGACCGACAGUUUGAGGCUGUGUGCGAGACCAUGUUUGGGGAGGUAGAAUCCCAAGCGGUCGAUGCUCUGGAUCUCCCAGGAGUGUUCCGCACGCGUAGCCAUAGCUAUGUCCGCGCCAUCCAAGCCGGAUGUUCCCAGGAUGACGACUGUCUCUCUGUAUUCUCCAUGUCUGGCCCCCAGGGAAGCAUCAAGGCAGGAGCUGUCUUUCCUUAUCGCAAAGGUGCACCUCCCCCACUCCCACCUCGCAUGUCCAAGUCUUCGCUGUCAGUGAGAGCCCAGAGCAGCACAGAGUCCACUCAGGACACCUACUACCAGAGCAGCCAUGGGCGCCCCAAACUGCACAGUAACUCAGUGGACCUGGGCUGCUCCGACGUACCUUCGGGACGCUCUUCCAGAGUUGGCUACUACACUGCCACAGGCCCGGGGCGUUCCCGGCAGCACAGUAACUCAGCAGAGAGCCUUGACGGAGGGAUCAGGGGAUCGAGGGAGAUGGUGCCUUAUGGAGGAGGUCCAGGAGUUGGCGUGCGGGCAAAACACAGCAGCUCAGCUGACAGUCUGCUCGAGGGGCCACCAAGGCCAGCGCGGGACAGGGAUGGUCGGGUUGGGGGAAGCCUUGGGAAGUCAGUCUCCUUGCCGCAGAACAGCAUUGUUCUGAGUAAACCUGGAGGGCAGGAUGAUAGUUGCGGGAGGAAAUGGAGGCCGUCCAUAGCUGUGCAGGUGGACAGCUCAGAGACUCUGUCAGAUUCAGAUGCAGAGGGCAAAGCUCUGACAGAGGUCCAUUCAAUAGGAGUACAGGUGGAAGAUGACAAAAGACGGGCCCGUUUCAAGCGCUCAAACAGUGUGACGGCCAGCGUGCAGGCUGACCUGGACCCUGAGGGCUUCCCAGGACUCAGCGUUGCCGUGCCAACGCAGGACAAGAGUCUCCAGUUUGGCUGCUCCUUCCAACGGCACUCAUCAGAACCGGAGUCAGCUGGCCAGUUCACGGAAUGCCACCGCACUGUGCAUACACAGGGACAGUGGGCCUAUCGAGAGGACUUUAUCCAGAGUGGCUACACCACUGAGGCUUGUCCAGGAGACCCAAGAUCCCACCAGCAUCCGCACCUUCCACCGCGUUCCCACUCACCACUACCCCUUUCAUCUGAGCGAGCAUGGGCCGGGACACCUUCUUUGGAGGGUCCCCGGAGCCUGCCCGACUCGGGUAGAGCCUCCCCUUGUAUGAGGGAUGGAGAAUUCUUCUUGCGCCUCUUGCAAACUGAAGUGGAAAGGAUGGAGGGCUGGUGCCAGAACAUGGAGAGGGAGGCAGAGGAGAAUGAACUCCCAGAGGAGAUUCUUGAGUUGAUUCGUAGUGCAGUUGGCAGUGCCCAGAUUCUCAUGUCUCAGAAGGUUCAGCAGUUCUUUCGUCUCUGCCAACAAAGUGUGGACCCUUCUAGUUACCCACAGCCCACCUCUCAGGACCUAGCAGGCUUGUGGGACCUACUUCAGCUCAACAUAGAAGACAUCCGGGUCAAGUUUCAGGAUCUCCAGCGCCUCAAAGACUCUGGCUGGAAGGUCCCCCCUGAAAAGAAGGAGGAUAAGAAGCUUCCUCCUCCCUUACCAAAGAAGCCAGCGGGCGGGGUGAGUGGCAGCCUACGGGCCGAUAGCGUCGGGGAUGGAGGCGGCGGAGGCGGGCCAGGGGGCCUGUUAGUGCCUCGUGUAGGUGGACACACUCUACCAAUCAGGGAGAAAUCCCUGGACCUAGUGGAACGUCAGAGGACAGAAGCUAGGAGGAGGUUACUGCAGACCAAGCGAACUGCCUCCUUCAGGCAGAACUCAGCCACGGAGAGUGCAGACAGUAUUGAAAUUUACAUUCCCGAGGCCCAGACUCGACUCUGAAAUCCCCCUUAGUGACUUCACUCUGACCAGCGACCUAGUCCUUUGCAGCUCUGGAUUAUUUGCAGGUCAUUACUAACUCCUCUGCUUCCCAUUAAACUAGAGCAUUUCCAUUGAUACGCUCAUGAUUUCUCUAAAAUCAGUUCUCAAGCAGUAACAACCAUUUCUGUGUCUUGAAAACUGCACAUACUAAUGACAGAGGCCUAAAAAAUAGUGUAGCUCACAGACAUAAAUUAUCGCCUUUUUUCGAAUUUAAGAAAUUUUAUUUAUUUAUUUAUGUAUUUAUUGUUUUGCUGACAAGAAGCACUUCACUUUUUGUAACGGUGAUUUGCUGAUGCUCUCACACUAGUUAUUAGCAUGCCUGGUCAUGUGAAAAUCACUGAAAAUAAAGGGCUUAACAGGCACAAAUCCUCCAUGACAGGAGAUGACAAUGACACCCAUAGGAGGGCCACAAUUAUAUCUGUUUGAUUUGCUAUUCCCAGCAAAAUUUACCCAUACUCUUCACCGACACUGCCAGAGUAACUGAAGAGGGACGUCUUACAAACGCUGACAGUUUUUGAUUAUUGUAGUCCAUAGGCAUCGUGUUUUCUUCGCAACAGAUCAUAAAAACAAACCACUUUGUUACAUGUUUGUUUGUUUGUUUUGGGGGGAGGGGGUAACCAUCAUAAUCACGCAAAAGCGAUUUAGGACAACACUGAAAAAAAUAGGACAAUUAUGUUAAAUAUUUAAUAAAAUAUUGUAAGAAAUAAGUUGUAAUGGGAUCCGACUGGUCCGUCAUAUCACGAGAAUAAAGAUUAUACUUUGAGUUUAUUCAUAUAAAUUAUACUGAGACUCAUAAUAUUAAAUGUAUUCCUAUGUUAUCCUAAAGAUCUAUGAGGUUUCCCCCUCUUGUUGUACCCCUAUGGCUUAUUUGAAUGUGCAGUUGCUAUUUUGUCCAUAGUGUGCACAGGACUCACACUAGCCAUUCCAUUUGAGCCUUUCCAGAGUAGCGUCAGAGCCUUGAGAGCAGGAGAGCAUCAUAGGCCAUAAAAAUAGUCAAGUUUGAUUGGCUGAAGUGGUUUCUCAGGACUUCGCUGAGGGGCUCUAUUUCACUGUGAAAUCAUAGCACCACCAAGUGGUCAAACUAGGAUUUAACAAUAAUUUGGAGUAGGGAUUUAACUAGAUGCCCUUAUAAAACAGCCAUGUAUUCGCUUCCCAUCAAAAAGCGAAUAUUCCUUUGAUUCACUGCUAAAAGCAAAAAUGACAUAUCUUAUUUGAAACAAGAGAGGUCCCUGCUUAAGAAAUUGUUUCUUAAGACUGGAAAGAUAAAAAGAAACUGCUAGGACGCUAUGGUAAUCACAAGUAUUGUGUAUCUGAUCUGAAGUGUUUUUGACUUGACAAAGUGCAGCAGUGUAGCAUGAUUUAAAUAAUUGUGUUCAUACACAAGAGCAAGCAGGAACACAUUUCUAAUUUCAAUAUUUUGUAUGGAUGUUUUGUAUAAUGCUUGUGUGAAUGCAGCAGCUCUGUGCUGAUGAAGAGAUGUGAAGAAAACCAAUGAAAUUCAGCCAUUAGCAUGAUUUUCUCAUCUCUUAAUAUUUGAAUGAAACCUGGCAAAUAUUUUAAUGGGAGAUGUAUAUUUUAUAAUAUAAUCUACAUUUCUAGAUAAAUAGAUAAAUGGUUACAGUGUACAAAAAAAAGCCUAUAUCAAAUGUGAAAUACCACUGUAUUAUUAUAAUUAUAUAGUUUAGUGUGAUGUGUGGCAUAUCCAGACGCAGUACAUGUAAAAAGAUGAUUAUGUGAGUGCUGGGUCAGGUUCACAGGGUAAAAAAUAAAUAAAUACAUGAAACAAAACAGAGAGAAAAAACACUGGUAGUUGCCAAGUCAAAUCCUCUGGCGCUUUUACAUGUUUGAAUUGCAUAUCUCCAUCUUUCACUGGCUUUCUCCCUGUAUUUCCACUCUAGAACCAAUAACAUGUGCCUAACCAGCUAUGUAUGGAGGUUACUGUUCAAGUUUACAGUGUCUACGUGCUGUAUAUGAGACAUGUACAUAGAAAAAUAGCAAAUGUGAGAAGUUCAAAAAUGUUUCAGGCCCCUUUUAGUUAAUUUUCACUGAAAUAUUUCUGGAAUACUUUCAGUUGGCACUGCAUGCUUUGAGAGAGAUUAGCCAUCUGACAAGAGAGCUAAUUUUGUAGCUUUAAAAUCUUUGUGUAGAGAUUCUUAAAAGACAAUAAUAAUGGCAAUGGACAAAAAGUGCUGAAGGAAAAGAGAGACCCUAAGUGCUCCAUUCAUUUGCAUCAGUGUCAAACGACAACAGCUGUGGUUGAGGCUCAUCAAACAAAGCACAAAAACCUGCUUUUUCUACUCUUACUCCACUGUGAAGAACUCCUUGACUUGUCUUUUCAUCGGGAGGAUUCAACAAGUAUUUAUCCACAGUAUCAACUUCUACACUUCUCAAACAAAGGCACUCAUCCACCAACAGUGUUGCAAUUUUUAAAGUGUUGCCUAUCCCUCUCUUUGCGCACAGUGCAACUGCAAGGACCCUCGCUAUGAAUAUCACGAGUUCUGAGCACUCACCAGACUGACUGUAUGCCACAAAAAAACUGUCACCUCUUUUGAAGGGUGCAAAAACCCCAUUUCAGAGCCACCCUCGAGUACCUCAGCCUUUUUAACCCAGGCCUCUGUCCUCAGGGGAUUCUCUAUACAACAACACAUCACCAAAAACACCAAGGACACACAAAAUAUAGUGCUUUUUGAAAUAAUUAUUUCAGACUAUGGUGGAUGCAGCAAGAACUCAAACAGUGCAUAAUUUAUUGGUGAAAGAGGGGAUUGUAGCUGCAGAUUUGAGUUUUAGGUAGACAUUUCUAAAAGGCUGUUCUAAUGGUAUUCAUAAUUUAUUCCAAACAGAGGGCUGCAUUUUUAUUUUUCAAUUAUUUAUUUGUUAUGUAUUUAUAUGUUCACUCUAUACAGUACCGUUUCAUUGGUAUUUUGCCUUGUAAAUCAUUUGAACAAUUACAAUGCAAGUUUGACAGUUUGAUGGAUACCAUAAUAAUGGUCAAAUCCACUCCCAAAUCAUUGGUUCAAACCAAAAAGACCAUCUUCCUCUAUGUAUUUUUGGACAUGAGUACCUACCAAAUGUUAUGUUCCCAAUUAACACUGGCUUCUAAAGAUUGUCAGGGGUCAUGUGACACCAUAAGUUUACUUUUUGGAUAACAAAAAGGUCCUCGAUGACACAAUUUCUGGUGCCAGUAAUUCUCUUGUUAAUUUAUAUCGAAUCGUUCUCAAAACUGCAUGUGUUAUACAAAUAGGCUGUGUAAACGUUAUGUUUGUACAGUCAUGCCCCCAUUUGGACCUUUUAUAUAAUUGUCAGAUCAGCCAGGGGAUGUAUACCUGAAACUCCAAUGUGCCUUUAGCACUGAGGUGUACUAUAUUUGACCUGUGUGUAUCAAUACUGUAAUGCUGUUAGAAAACGGAUCACAAACUGAGCUAUUACUGUGUAAUUACCACACACACACACACACACACAAAAAAUCCUGCCACUCUUUUGUUUACAAAAAUGUAAAUACAUGUUGCCAACAAACAUUGCUCUACUCAAUAUCACAUAUAUUGUUAUUGCAAUAUGAUUAUUAGUUGUAGAAUGAUUAUUGCCAUUAAAAAGGGGGGUUAAUUAUUUCCACCGCCGUCAUUGUUAUAAACAUAUUAUAUAUAGCAAGGGAUGAGUCUUGUGUACAAUAACUAGCUUAAUAUGGUAGGACUUGUCUUAAAAGUGCUGCUAGAAUGGACAACAAAGGGACAUGAACUCUGGGAAGACGUAUUUCUCUCUGGGAUCAAUGAUGGACACGUCCACAGGGAGAUUGCAAAAGAGGGCGUAUUCAAAAAUGAGUUGUGUGCUGUUUGUUCUCCUUUGAAUUUCCAUUCAGUUGAGGAACUUGUGAAAUUCAUAGAUAAAUGGACUUCACACUCUGUAAUCCACUAGAAAAUGUAGCAAAAGCUCAAAUGUCCUUUACUGUUGUUCCAUCAGCUCAUCUGUCAUUUCGCCCAAAACACCUGAAGGGUCUGACACACCGAGCUUUUCUGUCUUUCAGCUCCUGCUCUUCUGUUGAAUACAGUGCCAAGACAGCAUAGUGUACAUAGAAACAUUUUUGUUGUCAUUUGAAAAGAAAUGACUGAAGCAUAUAGCAAUACCAUUGAGAUGUAAAUGUCCAUUAACUCCAGAGAAGCUGGGUUAAGAAAAUGCAUGCAUAAGAAACACCACGGCAACUUGAAGAAUUAUAGGUUGGAAUCAUGGUCAAUGGUUCAGUUUGUUGUGUUGUAGUUCUCAUUGUGUACAUAUCAAUUUGUAUUAUUUCUUGUAAAAGUUUUAUGGCUCUGGAUGUGUCCAAGGAGCACGUCUUAAAGCCCAGAGAGAUGGCACACUGUGACGUGGUUUACCCCUCAACACAGAAUGUAACACGGUCUUCGUUGUCAAAACAUUUUCUAAAGGCUAAUAUUAUUAUUAUUAAUAUGAUUACUAUAAAGCUAUUUUAGCCAGUUAAA